AUGGCUCGCCGGCUCGUCCGAACGGGCGUUCAGCUCGGCUUGUUAGUAACGUUUGCGCUCCUCAUAAUCGUCUUCCUCGACAACAAGUUCCGUGUCCUACCCGCGUCGAUCCAUGGCCACCUUCCCAUGCACUAUUCCGGUUUUGUGAUCACCGAUGUGACAGUCACCCAAUGUUCUUCGAUUAAUCCCUUCUCGAGCUGCAAGCUGGACCCGGAGUCCUGGUACCGCAUCGACAAGGAUCUCUACCUGCGCUCGGGCUGGACCUCGACGGCCUAUAUUCAGUUUAAGCGGAAGAAGGAAGAAGAGUUGGGACCGGAUGACAAGGUGGUCAUCGACCUCAAGAUCAGUCGUCUUACCCCACCGACCGAAUAUAGCCCCAAGGGUGAGGUGGAGGCGUGGGAGCCCCGACCAGGUGGCAUCUGGCUGAAGCGGACGGCCUCACGCCACGCCAGCGACUCGGAGAAGGCGGUGACAUAUGUGGAUGUGCUUUUCGGCGCUGAUGCUGUUGAUCCUCGUCCCAAUUGGGAGGUCAAAGAUACCCCUUUGUUGCUGGAUGGGCGGACAGAGAAGCUGGAGACUCGUCUCAGCAUUCGGCGUGGCAACCCACUGAAAAACAAGAAGCCUACGCCUAGGAUCAAUGAGAAUGGAAGGUUUAAGGUGAUGCAACUUGCGGAUUUGCAUUUGAGCACGGGUCUUGGUGCUUGCCGUGACCCCGUCCCCGCUGAAUUGGCGCCUGGACAAAGCUGUGAAGCCGACCCCCGAACAUUGGAGUUCGUGGAGCGCCUCCUCGACGAGGAGAAGCCUGACAUGGUCGUUCUGAGCGGUGACCAGGUCAAUGGAGAAACUUCCCCUGAUGCCCAAAGUGCCGUUUUUAAGGGCGUGAAACUGCUCGUCGACCGCAAGAUCCCAUACGCUGUCAUCUUUGGCAACCAUGACGACGAAGGUGACCUGAACCGAGCACAGCUCAUGUCCAUCUACGAAGACUUACCUUAUUCCCUUUCGACCACCGGCCCUGAAGAUAUUGACGGAGUCGGUAACUAUAUCGUCGAGGUUCUCGACCGCGGCAGUGGCACGCACUCUGCUCUCACUUUCUACCUCCUCGACACGCACGCCUAUUCCCCUGAUGAGCGCCAGUUCCGUGGCUACGACUGGAUCAAGCCUAGUCAAAUUCGCUGGUUCAAAAACACUGCCCAAAGUUUGAGGAGAAAACAUCAAGGAUACACUCAUAUCCACAUGAAUAUGGCAUUCAUCCACAUCCCAUUACCCGAAUAUCGAAGCAACGGCAAGUACUGGAAGGGGGAGUGGACUGAAGCGCCCACCGCGCCCGGAUUCAACUCUGGUUUCAAGGAAGCUCUCGAAGAAGAGGGCGUCUUGUUUGUCAGCUGCGGACACGAUCACGUCAACGACUACUGCAUGCUCGAGCAAGAUCCAAAUGAAAAACCGUCACUGUGGAUGUGCUACGGCGGUGGCGUGGGUCUGGGUGGCUACGGUGGCUACAACGACUACGUCCGGCGCGUACGCUUCUUCGAUUUCGAUAUGGGCCCGGGCCGAGUGACGACCUACAAGCGUCUAGAAUGGGGACAGACAGAAGCCAAGAUCGACGAGAUGAUGAUUGUCGACGGCGGUGCUGUCAAAGGCCCCGGUGAAUCGGCUUAA